AUGACCAAAAUCAUUGCCAUCCUCGGAGCCCUUGCCACUCUUGCCCUGGCAGCUCCAUCUCCCGCAGGCGACGUCGUUCCUCGCGCCUGCACCACUAUUCUCCCUUCGUUUAUCGACGUCCUCGACAGUGCCCACCCGAACACGGCCAACGUCGGCCAGCGCUUCACCCUCCGGCGCUCCGGCUCCCCAGUGACCAACAAUAAGAUCUCCGCCUUUACCUUCACCAAUAUCCCCGCCGGGGCCACCGGCUGCACCCUCCAGGUCAACGUACCGCCGUUGACCACAGCCAACCAGAUCGCCAAGGGCUCCAACCAGGCAGAGUUCUGGACGACCACCCCCUGGACCGCCGCGAACGCCCCGACCUGGAGCAACCCGCCAACCCGCGGCCAGAUGGUCUCUACCUUCCAGUUCCCGACGGGGGCGACCACCACCCCGAUCCAGCAGAACCUGGCGUCGAAUACCUGCUCCAACACGAUGAGCUUCUUGGCGCUGCUGAGCGAUUGGCAGGGGGCUGAGGGGCAGGUGGAUUUCACGCAGGGCGCGGAUCUUGGGUUCAAGUUGAUUUAUAACUGCUGA